UAUUAAUCUAGCUCAACAGGAUGCAAAGUUAGCAGCUUAUAUAUGAUUGUUACAAUCUUAGACUACACUACAAGUUAGGAAGCGUCAGAUUGAAAGGCUUUAUUACCAGCAUGUACAAUCCUACGAUGCGAGAGACCUAUGGUGCUACUCGACCUCCUGGAGUCUCCCCACCUUAUAUCUACACAAUAGACAUAUCUACGGCUGGUAGUGAGGGACACACUCAGCCUCCACCAUAUGAACCACCUCCUUCAGAUACUGCUAUAACUCAGCCUCCACCAUAUGAACCACCACCUUCAGAUACUGCCAUAAUUGAAAUCAAGCAGGCGAGGACUGAGUCUAAUGGCUGUCUGGAGUUCCUAAAAAAAGGUCUGGUUAGUGUUCUACUGCCAUUAGGGACAUUAGGCCUUGGAAUUUGGCUGGCCCUGUCUAUUAUGAUGAUUGUUAUAGGGUCCGUCCACCUACACGACAGCCCGAAGGACAGGUUCAUCCCAGUCUACUUCAUCGUCGGCGGAUGCUUCAUAUUCCUGCAGAAAGUCAUGAGUCUGUGUCAUCGUGCGCAGGACAGCGAUAGUACCGGUAACCUUGGUGACGACGUCAAGCAGAGUCCCAUCACAUGUCUCAUCGACAGGCUUAUCAGCUGCUUCUUGGUCGCGUGGUUCGUUUGCGGCUGCGUGUGGGUGUACGUGCAGUAUCUAUCAGCCGCCAUUCGAGCCGUCGUAUCGUUCGCCGCCGUCGUAUCGCCUUAUUUGUAA